AUGUUGCCAAUAAACAGCGCGUCGAUGAGCCAGCAUGAAGCGCACCUCCGGACACAUGAGCGAAGACAGAGAGCGUUUCGGCAGCGGUCGAGUUUUGAUCCUUCCGGCCUUUCGUUCGAAUGCUCCAGCCGGCCGAGGGCGGAAUCUACCAAACGCGAGAGGGGGGGGGGGAGAGACGCGAAUGGAAACCAACUUCAAUCACAACCCAGAGGGUUCGUCUCCUGCGCCGCUCUCCCUUUCCCCAACAGGGGAGGCCGCAUCAUGCGUUAUUUUCUUCUGAGACCGGAAACUUUGUUUCUAUUGUGCAUCAGCUUGGCUCUUUGGAGUUAUUUCUUCCACACGGAUGAAGUGAAGACCAUAGUGAAAUCGAGCCAGAAUGCGGUGAAGAUGAUGAAAGGGAAAGUGGUGGAAAUAAUUCAGAACGAUCGGUUCGGGGGGCUGGACGUCCUGGAAGCAGAGUUUUCCAAAACCUGGGAAUACAAGAGCAACAAUGUGGCCGUUUAUUCCAUCCAAGGCAGACGAGAUCACAUGGAGGAUCGAUUCGAAGUCCUUACUGAUCUGGUCAACAAAAGUCAUCCUUCUAUUUUCGGGAUUUUUGAUGGGCACGGGGGAGAGUCUGCUGCAGAAUAUGUGAAGAUACACUUGCCUGAGGCUCUGAAACAACAUUUGCAAGACUAUGAAAAAGAUAAGGAGAAUAGUGUGUUAUCACACCAAACGAUUCUGGAACAGCAGAUUCUCGCAAUUGACCGCAAAGUGCUUGAAAAACUUUCUGCAGCCUAUGAUGAGGCAGGCACAACAUGUCUGGUUGCACUGCUAUCAGACAAGGAGCUAACCGUUGCAAAUGUUGGUGAUUCUCGUGGUGUCUUGUGCGAUAAAGAUGGAAAUGCUGUUCCUCUUUCACACGACCACAAACCUUAUCAGUUAAAGGAAAGAAAGAGGAUAAAGCGAGCAGGUGGAUUCAUAAGUUUCAACGGUUCAUGGAGGGUCCAAGGAAUCUUGGCUAUGUCUCGCUCCCUGGGAGAUUACCCUCUUAAAAAUCUCAAUGUUGUAAUUUCUGACCCUGACAUCCUGUCCUUUGACCUGGAUAAACUACAGCCACAAUUCAUGAUCCUGGCUUCAGAUGGACUCUGGGAUGCUUUCAGCAAUGAAGAAGCAGUAAGAUUCAUUAAAGAACGUCUUGAUGAGCCUCACUUUGGUGCAAAGAGUAUUGUUCUGCAGUCUUUCUACAGAGGAUGUCCUGAUAACAUAACCGUAAUGGUGGUGAAAUUCAGGAACAACAAUAAGAUUGAAGACCAAUGAAUGACAUUGAGCACAUGAGGACAAGGUUCUUAAAAUAAUGCUGUGCAAAUCUUAGCAAUGUGUGUGAUAGUAAUAGUAAUGGUCAUGAUAUUCCCAUCUGAAUGGUCAAUGCUAGACAGCUUGUAGAAGUGGACAAACCAAGUAGCUGCACAUUCAUUUUAACCAGUUGAGGUCAAAAAGCACUCUUUUUAUCUCUGAUCAUUUUCAAGUCUCUUAUAAUAUUUCUAAUAUAAAUAAUACAAUGCACAGUGCAAAACUUAUGCUACAAUGCUAAACUAAUUGUGAUCAGUUUUAUAAAGAAUAAUCAACAUAAGCAAUAAAGCAAAAAUCAAUUAACAUUCAGGAACCCUGUUACUGAUUCAAUGAUUUAUGUAAUCAAUAGAACAACUUCUGAACAACCAUGGAUUAAAAAGCUGAAUAAAAAUAAUCAUGACAGUAAGGGAAUUCUUUUAACACACUAAGAAAAAAAUAAAUCUGGCUCCAUACUUAUUUUAGAAUAGCAGCAUAAAUUCAUAGCACAUAAAGUUUAGGGAAUAAGCAUUGAUAAAUAUUCAGUUGAUACACCUGCCCCUCUUUUUAGCUCUCUCCUGCCAUACACCAUAGUUCCAGACUUCUUUUUCUAGAUAGGAUGAUAAGGGUGUACAACUUAAAAGCUUGAUGUGGCCUUCCAUAUUACUGAUUUGUGAGCAGCUGACAAAGCUCGGUUGCUGCAGAAUAGGGUGGUGUAUGCACAUUUUCCCAGCUAAUCUUUCAGUUAUAUAGGGCUCCCAUAGGCUAUGUUUUAAAGGCCGUAGGAAUCAUACUGACUUGAAGUCAACAUAAUCAAGAAUCAGGAGAAGGGUUGCAGCAUGCAGCAAAUCUGAUAUUAUCCAAAGACAAAAUUAGCUACCUUAUGUGCCCUGGUUCAAUUCACAAUAUAAACAUUUUUAAGUGGCACUCUCUGUUGCAAAGCCUGCCUAGUCUAUCACACUGCAAUCACGGUUUAAUAUAAAGACAUACUUCUCAGGAUAACUCAAGAAUAUUUCAUGACUCUGCUUGUAAUUGACAUGGCUGGUGAAAUAUCAAGAUUUUUCAAAAUGGUUGUGCAAACCAGAUUGCUGAUUGAGUGGUCAGUCAAAUGCUUUUCAACUCGUCUUGAUAUCACAUAAACCUUGCUCCCCGUAAACUCUUCCCAAUGUCUUAAUAGGGCUGUUGUUACAACAAACUCUUCCCAGCACCAAUACAAUGCAGAUGAAGCACCUUGCUUCUGUGAAGUACACCACUUGACAGCCCAUUUAUUGUAAAUGACAAAACAGACAGCGAUUUAGACUUGCAUCCACUAUUUUACUGUUGGGGCUAAUGCGAUCUUCUAAUUUGCAACAUAUCUAAUUGUAAAUGUGUAAGAUACAGGCCAUUCAUUGUGACUAAAUACUUAUCAAGGUCCAAGGGACAAUCCCCCAAAAAGGAUUUGCAUUCCACACGUGUCAAAUGCAGUACUCCAAAGACUGGAAAUCUGAAAUAAACAUGGAAAAUGCUGGCAAAACUCAAAUUAGACAGAGAACAUCAAAGAGAAAUACACAAUUCAGGCCAGUGGCUUUUCGGUAGAAUGAGCAAAAGUUUGAAAUGAAACAAGUUUAAGACACACUGAAGGAGGGCAAGGACAGAGAGAAUAAUGGGCAAGGUCUGUGAUAGGGUGGAGACCAUGAGAGAUUGAAUUACAUAAAUGAUAGUGGUGCUACUUGAAAGAGGGUGUGUGUGGAUAUACAAAAAAAAGGGUGUGUGUGGAGGGGGCAAAAUGACAAAUGACAUACCAGAAGAAUAGAAAUGACAGGCCACUGGAAACUUAGGGUCUCCCUUGCAGAUUGAAUGGAAGUGGUCUCCAAUCUGAUGACACCACCACACACAUCUUCCCCUCCCCAAUCCCUUCAGUUUUAUAAAGAGACUUAUGUCUGCAUCACUGUGCUUCUGUUCCACCUCCACAGCACCCAGACCCUUCUCACAGCACUUCCCAUGCAAUCACACAACUUGAGAAACCUUUCCAUUUUCCCUUCUCAUAGUACAGGGACCAAAGACCAAAACACUCCUUCCAGGGGAAGCAGCAAUUUACUUGAAAUUUUCCAAUAUAACCUGCUGUAUGCAGUGCUCACAAUGUGAUCUCCUCUACAAUGGUGCACUGAGACUCAGAUUGGACGAUUGCCUUGCAAAAUACCUGUGUUCAGUCCACAAGGGUGACCCUGAGCUUUCAGUUGCCUGUACGAUUAAUUCUCCAUCUCACUCUGACUGUGUUGUCCUUGGUCUACUGCAAUAUACCAUCCAAGUUUAAUGUACGUUCAUGGAACAGCACCUCAUCUUCUGACCUGACACAUUACAAUCUUCUGGGCCUAAUAUUGAAUUCAACAAUUUCAGCUUUUCAGCCAUUCCAGUCUUGUAUCUUCUAUUUCCAGCAUGUUUCUUCCCCACUCUCUAUUCUGACUUUUCAAACUUCAUUCAUCUCCUCCAGGUGCAACUUACCACUCCCUUCAAAUCAGCACCACUUAUGAUAAGGAUUCUCCACUAGUCACCAACCCAUUGCCCUUUUGUUCUCACUGCCCCCCCCCCACUUUCUGUGCAACUUAGAACUUGUUUCAUUCCUAACUUUUCCCUCUGUAAAGACUAUCAAGCUGAAAUGUUAGCUCCGUUUCUCCCUCUGCAGAUGCUGCCAGACCCUCUGAGCAUUUCUAACAUUUUCUAUUUUUACGUCAAGUGAAGUGCUGGAAAAAAAUCUUUCAGAUACUGAACAAAUUUAGAUCUGACAUUUUGAAUUUUACUCAAAGAUAUUUUCGAAUGCAACAAGAACAGUGAUUAAAUUAUAAAUUUUAUCACGGCAUGGUAGCGUAGCAGUUAGCGCAACGCUAUUACAGCGCCAGUGAUCGGGGUUCGAUUCCCGUCGCUGUCUGUAAGGAGUUUGUACGUUCUCCCCUGUCUGCGUGGGUUUCCUCCGGGUGCUCCAGUUUCCUCCCACAUUGCAAAGACGUACGGGUAGGUUAAUUUGGGUUUAAAAUGGGCGGCGCGGACUCGUUGGGCCAGAAGGGCCUGUUACCACGCUGUAAAUAAAACUUUAAAAACAAUACUAUACCCAUUUUUCCCAAAUUCUUUAUUUUAUAUAGAAUGCUAAUCAUUGCAUAUGAACCAUGGGCACUUAGCAAAGAAGGCAUGUGGCAUCUAGAGUUAGUUACCAUAAAGUGUAUAUAUGUUAUUAAGUAUUAUACUGAUUAAUAAUAAUGAGGGGACUGCACAGUUUUCUGCUAUCUCAAAACAACAUGAAUUCUGUUAGUUAAAUGAUCAUCACCUUUUGGGAGCUUAUAUUUAUAGAUCCAUUGACAGAAGAGAAAGAUUGAAAUUGUUCCAUCUGAAAAUGUAACAACAACCAUUACGAAAAAUUACAAAAUGCCAUAUGAAAUUUUAUAGUGGAGUCAUAAUCUAAUCAGCUGAUUUAUCAGAAAAAUAUUCUUAAUAGAUAUUUAAUGUGAUCAAAGAAAAGUAUAAAUAGUUCAGAAUAAGUAUAAAUUGUAUUAGUAAUACAGUGCAAGUGAAUUCAGAAUCAGAACCCAGUCAUGUUAUUAAUAGUGAUAAUUUUAAUUAAGUUUAAAACACAGUUGGAUUAAAUGUCAAAAUAUUAGGAAUAGUAAGAUCAUAUUUUCAUCUAUUUCCUAACUUCAACUAAGUCGAUGUGUAUUCAAUGCUUUCAGUUAUCAAUGAUAUGGAAGUAAACAAAUAAACACACUCAAUUUAGACAUUAAUCAUUUCAGAUCCAAAAUUGUUAUUUUUAUCUCAACAAAGAUAAUCCAGAAUAGCUUCAUACAUUAACGUGCAAAAUGUACAAGUUUUGAAAGAGUUCUCUGACAAGAGUAUUUCUCCACCUGAACCCAUCUGAAAUGAAUGGAUAGCUACUGGACUUGCCCACAGACUCAGAUUAAUAAAAAUAAAUGUUUGGCAGUGUAAACUGAGGCAAUAUGUCGGCCUUGGUGCACUAUUGCCCAGAUUAGAUCGAUUUGCAUGUGUGAUUUCCAAAUCUUCAUAUAUAAUGUGUUGAUAAUUCUUAAAUUAGCACAAACUUUCAUCUUAUAAAUCAGAACUCCUUUAAAAAUAUAAGAAGUGUUGUUAAUUAUGAAAACCUUGGGAAUAACAUUCCUUCCUUGAUAAAGAGAUGUGAAAAAGUAGACAUGCUUAAAAAGCAGCAAAAAAUUUCAUUGUCCAUGAUCUCUGUUUUACCACUCUUCCGAGUUUCAAAAGUGCUUGCAAAAUUGUUAACAAUGCCAGCUGAAUUUAUUACAGACUCAAUAAUAAUGAAAAUGCUACAUCCUGUGCCCAAAAAUACCAUUGUAAAGGUGACUGUUUCACUAAGGAUCAGAUCUGGUUUCAGUGAGGAUCAUGAAUAAAGGCCAAGAAUUUCCUGGGAAAUUCAUGGAGCCAAACGGGCAAGCACUCUCGCCCAAAGCCAGAGACAUUUUCCUAAAUCUGGGACUUGAAUAACUUGUGAGACUAGGCUGAGCCACCAGUAUCUGCAAGGCAGAUUUGCAACAGGAACCUCACCUGAGUUCCUAUCGAGGCUCAAACUGAUCAAACCAUUUAUUUUGACUCUUUGGCUUUCACUGGAGCAAAAUUGAUAGGACCACCUGUUUGAUCCCUCCAGGAUCAAUUAUAUUUAGUAAAGUUUUGAGGCUCUCAGAAAAUCUUAAGGGCCUUCACAAGAGGUACAAAACUCAGGUGUGUUGUGUUAUGGCCAUGCAUUCUGACCCACCUGCCUUUUCUUUCAGUACUCCUCCCCAGGUAGUGUCAGCAGUAAAUAUCUAAGCUUAUUUCUGUGCUUUUUUUCAUCUUUUCUGAGCCAACAGUAUUUAAUUAACAACUCAUACUGUGCAUUUCUCAAUGAUGUGAUGGGAUUUGGGCUUCACAUAAACUGGUGCCAUAUUGUGUCCAUUAGUAUAAAGGACAUAAGAAUGAGGCAAAUUUAAAAUAGUUGCAAUAGAUUGCAAUUUUCCUCAUUUAUUCAACUGUGAAAUAUGAUGCCAGCAUAACAAUUUUUAAAAGUUCUCUCUUAAUUCAAAACACUUUGUAAUCUUAUAAAUUAGCUCAAUGUGGGGAAGGAAAAAUUGCACCAUAUAACAAAUGUGUUCAAUGUCAACAAGAAUACAUCAGUGUAAUUCCAUGAAACGAUGGUAUCCAAAUUCUGGACUGGCACAGAUCAAGUCUUCAUUUAUUUCAACUGGCUAGUUCUGUAUUUAUUGCUGCCUUAUUUUGAAUCCUAUUUUAUUCACUGUCUAAUACUUAUUUGUAUUUACUGACUCCAGCUAUAGGGCAUAUUUGGUUAAAGUGUAAUGACAAUUUCACGUUUGAGGUUCUGAAGACCUGCAUGGCUCUAUAUUUGUCUCUAGGAGACAGUACAGACUGCAAGUAAUGAAUCUGACAAGGUGUUUUGGAUGUAAAUAAACCAUACUGUCUUAGUUAUACAAUGGGCAUCAAAGUAUCAUCCUUUGUAUGCCGAGACUGUACAGUUCAUAAUUCCAGGACAUUAAUUAUAUUACUAAAGCUAGUGGCUAGAUAGAGCUGGUGAACUAAGUAUGUAUAUAUACUAACUAUAUGUAAAUCACUGUGAUGAUCAGCAUCAGAAAGUGUCAAACUACUGAAAAUGUGGGCAAGCAGCUGUGUUGUGCAAACAAUAAAAUAAAAAUAUGAAUUUGUA